AUGGAGAACGAACUGACAUUCGUCGCUCCUGAAGGCGUAUAUUCCGUUAUCGAAGAACACAAGCCUCUCAUAAUUCCCGCCCAUUCUGUUAGUGCAGCUUCACCUAUAUACCCAACACGUCUUUCCACCAUUACCGUUCGAUUUCCUGGAACAAAACACGGAGCAACUCCGGGACUUGCACAGCUGCUAGGAGGAAACAAGGAUCUCAGAAGAGACAAAGCUCCAAAGGACGACGUUGUCAGCUUGUCCAGCAGUGAUACUCCCGAGAAUAGCUUUGCAGACACGUCAAAUUUACCAGGACUUGAUACUUCUCAAAAUUCCACAUCAUAUCAAGAACAACGUCCUCUGUUCUCCCACUCAGCCAUUGGAGGAAAGAAGAAGCCUGUUUCUCGCCCGAAACAGAACCUACGGACAACAUCUUCAACUUUUAUCACACGGGUGCAGAGUACAGAAGGAUUAAGCAGAACACUACAAUCCAAGCAGGGUGAAGUCACGUUCUUGUUUUAUAAUACGGGCAAAUCAUUCUUAUGGGUGGAGGUCGGCUCAAAGGCGAAAGAAGCGCUGACACGGAUCAGCUUUUCAGCACACCCUACAUGUCAUGAUGUGAAUACUACAACUGCAUCACCAGAACGCCUCGAUGUUAUUAUUGGCUUUAGUUCCGGCGACUUGAUCUGGUUUGAUCCCAUAUACCACCGCUACGGACGUCUUAAUAAACAGGGCUGCAUAUGCAGUGCCGCGUGCACUUCUGUGCGCUGGGUGCCAUCCUCAACAUCUCUUUUCAUGGUUUCGUAUGCCGACGGGACAAUGAUUGUGUACGAUAAGGAACGUGAAGAUGGUGUUUUUACUCCCCAUAAUCCAAACACCCAUAUUACUACCUCUCUGUCAGAUCCUUCUACUUCACAACAGGCUCAAUCUUCUGAUGCAGAUUGGAACCCACUAGCCAACAUCUUCGUCACUACACCGCCUUGGCAUCCAGUGUCGGCGACUGGGGGACCAAUGCCCGCUAGGGUUGAUAAGGAUAAAGCUAAAAAUCCCGUCAGCCAUUGGCGUGUUUCUUUGCGUCGUGUAGUAGACUUUGUAUUUUCCCCUGAUACCAAGUUGCAACAUAUAGCAGCUAUCUCAGAGGACGGGUGCCUCAGAGUCAUUGAUGCACAAGCAGAGCAACUUGUCGAUUGUUAUGCAUCAUAUUUCGGAUCGCUGACAUGCGUGUCGUGGUCACCAGACAGUCGUUUUAUAUUGACAGGAGGACAAGAUGAUCUAUUGACGAUCUUCUCGCCUUGGGAACAACGCGUAGUGGCACGAUGCCAAGGACACUCGUCAUUUGUGUCUGCUGUUGCUUUUGACGAUGUUCGAUGUGACGGGCGAACAUAUCGAUUUGGCAGUGUAGGCGAAGACAACAAGCUCAUAUUGUGGGAUUUUUCAAGUAGUGCUCUCCAUAGGCCAAAGCUCCAAGCAACACAUCAUCCGCGGAUAUCAAUGUCAUCCACCAUAUCGCUUGCAUUCCGUCGAUCUACUCUUCAUUUACCUGCACCAGCUGGAACAGAUGCAUCGUCCCCAUCGUAUCGGUAUCAUUCUGCCCCAUCAAGAAAUGAAGUCUCUGUGGUUCAACCCGUUCUGGUAAAAAAUAUCGAUAGCGAUAUUCUCACUGCUAUCUCGUUUCUUCCACGCGCACUCCUUACAGCAGGGAAGAAUGGGCACAUCAAAUCGUGGAUUCGCCCUCUUGCCAUGAAAUCGCGGCACUUGAAGCACGGUCACCACCGGGGGCCUUCUAUUACGGACAUACAGGACAUAGUUGCUUAA